AAGUGCAGAUGUCUGUUUGAAUAUCAGUUUAUAUUAUAUUUCGUUUUAAAAUGUUCAAGGUUUGUUAUUAAAAAGGUGACCAGUUUUAAAUACAAGUAUCUCAAAUAUUUUACGAUAUGUUUCUAUUUUAGGAGCAAUGCCUUUUUUUAGUUUGCUUUAUAAUCAUUGUUCUGGCAAAUUCUGCUCCUUUAGACAAGGAUAAAGAAGCAACAAUAAUGCUAAAUAUGUAUACUAUAGAUGGAAAGGGGAAUUAUAGAUUUAGAUUUAAAACAUCAAAUGGAAUAGAAAGAGAAGAAACGGGAAUAAAAGCUUACGAGGGUGAACCGAAUGAGCAUCUGUCAGUUGUCGGUAAAUACAGCUACAUUAAUGAAAAUGGAGAAAAAGUGUCUGUUUUAUACUCUGCCAACGAAAGAGGAUAUCAUAUCUUACCACUAGGCACAAAUACUUCUGGUGUACCCGGUAAUGUAGUUGCAACGCUACUUGGAUAAAUAGGGCAAUAAUCUUUUCAAAUUGUUAUCGGUUUUUCAGUUACAACAAUAUUUUAGAUUUAACGAAUUUAUGAC